AUGUCGGGUAUUGCAAGUGCUCGUCUAGCUGAGGAAAGAAAAGCUUGGCGCAAGGACCAUCCCUUUGGAUUUGUUGCUAGACCUAUGAAAAAUCCUGAUGGUUCACUAAACUUAAUGACCUGGGAAUGCGCGAUUCCCGGAAAGAAAGGGACACCAUGGGAAGGAGGACUAUACAAGUUGCGUAUGAUUUUUAAGGAUGAUUAUCCUUCAAGUCCACCUAAAUGUAAAUUUGAACCUCCACUAUUUCACCCUAAUGUGUACCCUUCGGGAACUGUUUGCUUAUCUUUGCUUGAUGAAGAAAAAGACUGGCGUCCAGCAAUCACAAUUAAACAGAUCUUACUGGGUAUACAAGAUCUCCUCAAUGAACCUAAUGUUAAAGAUCCAGCCCAAGCUGAAGCAUACACAAUUUACUGUCAAAAUCGGCUAGAGUAUGAUAAGAGAGUUCGAGCUCAAGCAAGGGCCAUGGCUGCUACGGAGUAA